GCUGAAAGUCUGAAACACAUCGAUCGCGUUCUCUCGACCUCUAUGCCUUGAUUCGACUGUUCCUCCUGUUUUUGGUCCGGAUUAAGAUGCCAAUCGUUUUCACUUUCCAGUUCUGAAUCGGUAGCAUUGGUGAGCAGCUCGUUUGUUUGAGCACUUGAUUUGAUUUUUGAGUUCCCACAGUUUGUUGUGGCGUGGGUUGGAAAUUAAGUUGCCGAUUUCAAUGGAAUACGAGCUCUCUGAUAGCAGUGGAACAGACAACGAUCUUCCUCCUUCACAUCAAAGUAGAUUUCUACGGCCAGGCCAUGUGGCUGGCAAUGGAAGAUCAGCCCUUUUUGGGUCUGGUCCUUUUUCCAGGGUACAGAAUGACAUGGAAACUCAGAUACACAACAUUGAGCAAGAAGCAUACACAUCUGUCCUGCGGGCUUUUAAAGCUCAAUCUGAUGCAAUCUCUUGGGAAAAAGAAAGUCUAAUUACAGAGCUUAGGAAGGAGCUAAGAGUGUCAGAUGAAGAACAUAGAGAACUUCUAUCUAGAGUCAAUGCUGAUGACAUUAUCCACAGGAUAAGGGAGUGGAGAAAGGCCAGGGGACUCCAACCUGGCACAGGAAGUAGUGCUCAACCAGCUCAUGACCGCAUACCCAGCCCUACCAUUUCAGCAUCUCGCAAGAAACAAAAAACAUCACAAUCCUUGGCUCCCUUACCCCCGGGUGCACCAUCUCCAGCAGGUCAUGCACCUAUGCAGCCAUCAUCAUCAGCAUUGAGGCAUGGACCUCCAUCAGGAGCAAAGACCAAAAAGCCAAAAUCAUUCUCUUCUACAGGUCAUACUGGAAAGACCCAGGCUAAUAAUCAGGGUUCUUCAGGUGCCUUCGCUACAAGUGAACCUGCUGAGGCUGCCUCUUAUGAUCCUUUGAUUGGAAAGAAAGUUUGGACAAGGUGGCCUGAAGACAAUCACUUCUAUGAGGCUGUUAUAACUGAUUAUAAUUCAGCGGAGGGUCGGCAUGCUUUGGUUUAUGAUAUGAACACUGCAAAUGAAACGUGGGAGUGGGUCAACCUUAAAGAGAUAUCACCAGCUGACAUUCGAUGGGAGGGUGAAGAUCCUGGAAUGCCUCGCCGGGGGGGACGUCCUGGCUCUGGUCGGGGAAUAAAGAAGUCUAUGUCUCGUGGUGGUGCAGUUACUGGUGCAGGAAGGGGUAGAGGAAUGACCAAGGUACAGCCUAAGAAAGAUUCCACUUUAUCGCAAAAUGGGGGUAGGAAGAAGCCCACAGGUGAUAUUGAGAUUCUACAUACGGAUACGCUUAUCAAGGAGGUUGAAAAGGUUUUUGGUGUCAAUCAUCCCGACCCCACAGAAAUGGAGAGAGCAAAGAAAAUGCUAAAAGAACACGAACAGGCCCUAGUUGAUGCAAUAGCCAGGCUUGAAGAUGCAUCUGACGGUGAAAGUGCCAGAUGGGGCAUUUACAUUUUCACAGGGGCGAUAAACGGAUCUGGAAAGAGGCUGGAAGAAACGACAGUGUGAUGAGCUGGGCGGUGUCUAGCAAUUGAAGGUUGAAAUGGUAAAUUAACAAGAGAUAGGACUUCGUACCGUGAUGAAGUGGGCAGUGACACAUGACCCAAACUUGUACCUUGUUCAUAUGCUAUGUUUUAUGUUGUAUCACUAGUAGGUAUUUAUCUAUUUCUUAGGCUAGCACCUAGCAGGUUGGACGGGUUCCAAUCUGGUUGAAUAUGAGCUGUGUAACUUUCCCACAGAACAGAUCAUAAUGGAUGGUUCUUGCUCUCUC